CCGUGCCACUCACUCACCCCAGCCAGGACUGCCAAAGGAAAUAAUUGCAAAAUGAAGACUGCUUUAAUUUUGCUCAGCAUUUUGGGAAUGGCUUGUGCUUUCUCAAUGAAAAAUUUCCAUCGUAGAGUCAAAGCUGAAGAUUCUGAGGAAAAUGGGGUCUUUAAGUACCGGCCACGCUAUUUUCUUUACAAACAUGCCCACUUUUAUCCUUCUCUAAAACGGUUUCCAGUCCAGGGAGGCAGUGACUCUUCUGAAGAAAAUGGAGACGGUGAUAGUUCAGAGGAAGAGGGGGAAGAGGAGACUUCAAAUGAAGAGGAAAACAAUGAAGAUUCUGAGGGGAAUGAAGACGAGGAGGCAGAGGCCGAGAACACCACGCUCUCUGGUGUAACAGCAGUCUAUGUGGCCGAGACUACGAUGGGAACAGACACUGUAGGACUAGCUGCACUCCAACUGCCCAAGAAGGCUGGAGAUGCCAAGCCUGCAAAAAAGAAGGAAAGCGAUGAAGAAGAAGAGGAAGAGGAAGAAAAUGAAAACGAAGAAGCAGAAGUAGAUGAAAACGAACAGGUCGUCAACGGCACCAGCACAAACUCCACCGAGGUGGAUGGUGGGAACGGCAGCAGUGGAGGAGACAACGGAGAAGGGGAAGAACAGAGUGUCACUGAAGGGACCACAGUGGGCAUGGAGCAGAUCAGUGAUGGCCCCAAGACAGCUGACCUUCUGGACGGGUUUCAGCAUACGACCCCACCACCCGAAGCCUAUGGGACCACCCCCCCACCAUUCAGAAAAACCACCACCGUUGAGUAUGGGGGAGAAUACGAACAAAUGGGCAACAAUGAAGACAAUGGUGAGUAUCAAGUCUACGACAAUGAGAACGGGGAGCCUCGCGGGGACAAUUACCGCGCCUAUGAGGACGAAUACAGCUACUACAAGGGGCGUGGUUAUGAAGGCUAUGAUGGUCAAGAUUAUUACUACCACCAGUGAAGGCCCCCUGGGGUGAAUUCCCCACGCUGUCAUUGCAUCUGGCUACCAUUUAUUUUCAAAGUUCAACUCAGGAAGGUGCAAGAUAACACAUGCGCAUUUUACAGUGUGGAAUGGUGCUACAGUUCCCGAGUGAUCUCUGCAAAUGCUUCUAUUUGUAAUGGCUUCUUUUUUAUUUUCCCAGGACUGUCACUUGAAAGGUCAUUGUAAGUCAGGGCCAUUGAUCAAACAGUACACCAUCUCUGAGCUGGGACCGGAUGGAAUGCUUUGAGGCUGUAACUCUCCAGUGUUUGUGCUGUGUGCACUGUUGCUAACUGCCCAAACAUACUCUUUGUGCAAGAAGGCUCCUAGAAAGAGAUUUAUAAACAACACUGUAGACAAUAGUUGUGUAGUUCCUAUAUCACACCCCCUAUCCAAUACUGUAUUAGGUUUAAUUCUCAUCCUCAUGUAUUUUAUGUGACCUGUAUGCAUGGGUUUUAUCUCAAAUAAAUACGCAGUUCUUGAAAUGUGUCAUAAUUAAGAAGAAAUGGGGGGCAUUGGAAAGCAUGUGAGUUUAAAGAGGUUGGGACAAUUCUGCUAAAAAGCAAGCUUAUUUCCAUUAGGAUUUAAAACUCAGAGGAUCUGGAAACAUCCUCUCUUCAAUAAAUCUGUACAACUAAGGUUUGACAAUUGAGGGCAGAAUCAGCUUUAUAGACUAGGGAAUAAAUACUUUUAGAGUUGUAAAUUUAACAACAUGAAUACAUGUUGUAUGAUGCCCACUUCAAUUUGAAUUUCAGAUAAACAAUGAUUGGUUUUUAAUACAAAUGCCCCCCAUGAAUAAUUAGUCUC